UAUACUAUGUCUUUUAGACGUUCGUGGAUCAAACUUCCUGUAGUGACGAACGAAGUGAGAUAACCUUAUCUUACAAACUAACUUUGGUUGUGUGUCGAGAUUACGAUGCUCGUUGGUGAGCUACUUGCCUGUGUAUCGACCAAAAAUAGAUAAAUGGAUCGAAUACGUGCGUGUUAGUCGCUCGGUCUUCUCAAUGAUGUGUCAUUAAUCGUUACGACUCGUUAAGAAGUGUGUAGGGUAUGGAUACGCUCAAAACAAGCCAAGAAAUCGUCCACGAAGGCUGGCUCAUAAAAUCGCCACCCUUAAAAUUGUGGAAAGCGAGAUGGCGAAAGCGUUGGUUCGCGCUCCGUCACAGCGGAGAAUUGCCUGGACAAUAUUUCUUGGAAUAUUACACAGACAGACGUUGCAGAAAGCUCAAGGGCCGCAUAGAUUUGGAUCAAUGCGAGCAGGUGGAUGCUGGCUUGAGAUUUGAAAAUCGAAAGCAGAAAUAUCAGUUCAUGUUCGACGUGAAGACUCCGAAAAGAACUUACUACCUGGUGGCAGAGAGCGAAGCUGACAUGAACAAGUGGGUUGAUGCAGUUUGCCAGGUUUGCGGUUUGAAAGCUUACACACAGGAUGAUGAGCCGCACUGUCAAAUAUUUCCAUUCGAGCCUCAAGAGUCGCCUCCGAUCUCACCAACCAGUACUAUAUCUGGACCCUACAUUCCAAUCAGUGAAUGCAUUUCUGGCCGCUCCUUGAACGACACAAGCUCUCUUAGUUCUGCCCUGGGACAGAAUACAGAACAAUAUUAUGAUGCCCCAAGAAAGUUGGCUCCCUCUCCACCCAGAUCUCCGACUACAACUGAUGCAGAAAGUGUAUUUACUGACGAUGAAUGGACUUCUCCAGUUCCUAGUGUUAAUUGGGAGACAUUUCCUUCGUCUCCAGGUGAAGCUAGACCAAGCAACGUAUCAGGAGAUGCAGAGAUUGGAUCUUGGAGCGUAAUGAAAAGAUUUGGAAAGCUUCAGAUCGUAGAUUCAGUGACACCUCCGGCUGUAGAAAAGAUACCAGCACCUCCACGACCUCCAAAACCUCCCCAUAUGGUGCCAGAGAACUUUGGUCAUAAUUAUUUGAAUCUUGAUAGUGCGGCGGAAAGUUCCAAGCCCACGACUCCUGCCACUCCCGCUCCAUCUACUCCGGCUACAGCAAUUGUGACCGAUGAAACUUACGACUUUCCUCGAUCCCAUCAGCCAGGAUCGAAUGCGGAUCCAAACACAAAUACCGCGGGUCGACCAGGCAGGCAUUGCUAUUCCAAUGCUGCGCCUACAAACUCCGAUGGGCACGUUUUUCGAUACGAUUUUCACGAAGACGAACCAUCUAGCCCACGUUCCGAAUCAUCAACAACGGCAACGUACUCAAACUUGCCUAGUCCUCUAACUAGAGACUCAUCGAGCGUUGUACCAUCCCUAAUGCCUCCACCACCUCCAGUUGUUUACAGAGACUUGAAACCAGGUAGAAGAACUAGUGAUUCGACCUCAAUUAUUAGCAAUGAACCAUCACCUGGUCCUGUUCUAUCAGUACCGGAAUCAAGUUCAACCGAGCACUCACCAGCUGAGCCACCAAGUAUUAACAGGAAACUCAAGCCAUCUCUCACUAAACCACCUAUCGAUGGACCAUUACAAUUAGCAUCGCCACCUGGUAAAGGCAGAAUACGUGCGGCACCCAGUCCGACACCGCCAACUCACUCUCAGUCGAUUCGACAUCAGUCGACGUCUGAUGAGGAUAACAAUACGUGCGAUGACAAAGAAGAGAUAUAUUACUUUCAAGAUCAGAAUACAUUUAUACCUGCCUCGCAUCGUUCUUUCGAAGUUCUGCAAUACUUGGACUUGGAUCUGCAAGGAAGUUUUGUAUCGUCCCCUUUGCCACCUGCCCAGUCACCCCCGAGUACAACAGUCUAUAAGACUGUAGAUUUUCUUAAAACUGAGGCCUUCAAUCGAACCAGACAAUUAGUAGAAGAAGAGAGAGCGCAAUAAAAGAUAACUGUGAAAUGAGUUGCUUGACUAUAAAUCCUCAUCGAUGGAAACCGUUCAAAACAGUAACAAUUCAAAUUCACCAACUGAUAUUCGUUGCAUUGCACCUUAUUCGCGUAUAUAGACUCCCAAGAUUUCUUGAAUUGCGUGUAGAAAAAUGAUAAGUAUUGACAACUUUUUUUUUUAUCUAUGGAUGAAAAGGAACUGACGGUGUGGGAAAUGGUAGUUGUCACUAUAUAAUAUUGAUUAAAACUAAUUAACAGAGACGUAACAUUGACAGCUAGAUAAAUCGUAGGGCAUUGCUGGAUCUAAUGAGUCGUCACACCUGAGAAUAUAAUUCGAUAAAAUUGAAUAAUUUAGAAUAUCGUAUGCCGAUGCAACAUUCCGACAAUUUUGAAAAUUGCUGGAGAAAGUUAUUGUGUGGGAUAGCAAAGUAUAACGUGAUAAAAAACGUCAAACUUACUGAUCAAUCCUACAAUGAUAUGCGUAAAUAUCGAAAGCGCAAGCUAAUGUGGAAUCGCGAGCAGUUGGCACAGAUUUCAACGAUUUCUUUAGGACUUAUAAUUUUAUUUUUUGUCGAAUUUACAAUCUCAGGGAUUUAGAAUGAGUAAAGCCGCUAUUUUUCACAUUUUUAAUAAUUUUAAUUCGACGAAAUCACUGUUUGGGAUUCAGGAACUUCUACAAAAUUCUCCUAUAUUUUUGUCUGAGAAAAUACUAAAGCCAAUAGUUAUGUGAAAGACGUCUUCAGCGUAUAUCCAGAAUACUUGAAAUUGCUUCUCCAAUACUUUAGACUAAAUUUUUUUCAAACUUAAUCACGAUUCAUCAAAAUUUUGACGGAACUCUUAAUGUGUUAUUCUUAUAGCAGAAUCACUUUGUUGCACAUUUGUUUAAUGUUUUUGAGAGAUGCGUCUCCAACGCAUGUUGGUAUUAGUGGUAUUUAGUAUGUGCUGAUAUUUGAUUCAGAGGUAAAAGUUAUCGGAGUUUGAUAGCAAUAUUUUAGUAAACCAAAAAUAUAAUGAUAAACUUAAUAAUAAUUUCAAUCGUGAUAGAAAAAAAGUGUCUUCGAUAAAAAUCUGCAUUAUUUUGUAUCACCUUUAAGAGUUUUUAUUUUCAACUACGAUUAAAUUGCGUGUAAUUUGCAGAGAUGAAAAGUCAGAAAAAUUCACUAUAUUCUAAAAAGUAUCAGUUUCAAUAUUAUAAUAUUAUCAUAAAGACUUUCUUUUUUUUACAAUAAUUGCCAGGAUAACUUUGAUAACAUUAUCAUUUCAUAAUGAUAAAUACAAAAGUUAGUACUCCGUAUAAGAAAGUCUCAACGAUGUGCAACCCUUUAUCUUUAAAAUUUGCAACGAAUUUUGAAACAAACGCGCUGUCGAGUUUCAUAAAAUUCUUGCGUUUGAUAAAAUAUAUUGCUUCUAGCUAAUAUAUAAUUAUAAUAAUAGACAAAUAUAUUAUAAUAUAUGAACGUGCCUAUACUUUAAUGUUUAAUAUCUAUCGUUAAUCUGUGCUAGGUAUACAUAUACAAUAUACAUAUAUACUUACACAUAAAUAUGCUAAAUAUUUCACAUAAUCGUGUAGGUAGGAGGUUAAAUUUUUUUUCUCGUUUCCUGUGUUUAUUUCAAAACUGUGUCACAAACUUAUUCAGGACAAAUUUUUAGACAAGUCAGAUAUUCUCUGAUUGCUGGUAACAGCUCUUUACACAUUAUAUACUGAUAUAUACGCCCGUAAAUAUAUACUGUACAAAAUAGCAAUUUCUGUCAAAUAUGUGAGUGCUGAUAGGUCAAAUAAUAGUAAUAUUAUAAUUGGCGGAUUUAAAUAUUAGAGACACUGCAUGCCAUAUACAUAUUAUAUAACUAUACAUAUAUGUACUACAUACAUACAUAAGUAUGUACAUAAAUAACUAUACAUAUACACAUAUAUUUUUAUUUUUAUAAAAUAUCAAUAUUUUAAUGUUUUUUAGUUCUAUUUUUAAGGGAUAGAGUUUUCUUGUUGACGUAUCACUAAAGCAGUGGUCACAGUCAAUUAAUUAAGCACAAUUAAUGCAAUUUUUAUUCACUUUUAUUAACAUUGUAAUUUUUCGAGGUUCACUAGGCAACAAUAAUUUUUUUAACCGAAAGGCCUAAUAAUCAGAUACCAAAUUAUACGAAUGAAUUUAACUAUCCCGGAACAGAUCAUCCAUUAUUACGAAUCAUUUUAGUUGUAAGCCCUUUUAUUUGUUUAUCUUGUAUCCUUUUGAAAUUUGACUAUUGAUGUUUUGGACCUUCACUUAAAUUAUUUGUAAAUUAUUGCGGUCUGAUAAUUGAGGUCUUAUUUCUUAUCAUCCCGCAACUUAUAAUAGAUACUAUACCGACAUAAUUGUUUCAAUGCAUGUCAUACGAAUGGACAAGGUAAACAAAGCAUUCGGCAUUGUCCCAACAUGACUCAUAUCUUUGUAAAAAGUUUUCAGUUUCUUCGUUUUCCGAAUAUAGCAGUUAUAUCUUUCAGUUGUCAAACUUAAAAUAUGUAUUCAUGUGAACUCCUAAUCAUUCAGUUGGAAACAAAAAGAGUUUUACACAGAAUGCCUGUUUAGUAAAAUCUUUUGAAUGUAACAUGAAUUUUUGUGGGCUUUUUGGUUCGAGUCAUUGUCAGAUUUCGCAUGAAAAUAGCAUCACUUUUUGCUGAUUGUCAAUAUUUUUCAUAACUGUUUUCUUAUUGUGUUGAAAUUUUUACAAUUUGAAGAAAGAUCAGCUCUGAAUGUAUUCAUUGAAAAUGAAAUUGAUAAAACUUGUUGGUAUUAUGUACAGAUAUCAAUUGCAAGUUUUGUAAAGUAAAAUAUUGAAACUCGAAAAUUAUUGAUUGAGAAAAAUAUAUUUUGGUGACAUUAAAGUGAAUACUAAAUCCUAUGUCAUAGAAUUGAAAAUAAUAUUGAAGCGUGUAAAACAGGGGGCAAAAGUGUUGAUUAUUAGGACGUAAUGCAAUAUGUAAAAAAGAUGCAGCAAAUUGUAACACAGACCAAUAUUAUUACAAAGUUUGAAGCGGAGCUUCAAAUUUAUAGGGAGUAUACAACCGAGAAAUUGUACAAUUUUAUAGGUAUAUAAUUGAAACCCACCAAUAUUAAUUUCUAGUACAUAUAUAAAAAUAAUAACACCAAACACGCACAAUAUGUUUAGAAAAACAUAUCGGCAAUGUUAUAAUACAAAUAUAAAUAAUAAAUAAAUGUCGAAAUAG